AUGUUCCAGCUGCAGACUAGCUCCGGGCCAGAGGACCGCCAGAGAUGGCCGGACCUCAAUGCUGAGGGCACUGAAGGUUGGGCCCCACUGGAAGCUUCCCGCAGGCCUGAGGGUCGCUCGGGGCCGUGCUGCCCUGCGUCGCGCCCGUGUCCCGGGGCCGUGUGCUCUUCAGGGACCCUCAGCCAGCCGAUUGAACCAGAUGGCCCCGAGGAACAAGGGACGCUCUCGGUGGAGCCGCAGGAGGAACAGGAGUCCGUCCAGGCCCGUGCUGCUGGCGUCCGUGCUGGCCUGUUGUCACAAAGCGCGGCCUUUCCUCGCAGGCUGCACACCAUGAGCCCACCAGUCUCCCACCUGGGCGUCUGCCUGUGGAUGUGGCUGAGCGGCGCGCUGGUGCAUGGGCAAGUGAACAGCCGCCUGAGGUUGGUUGUGCUGCCUGAGGACCGACUGCAAAUGAAGUGGAGAGACUCAGAGGGCAGCAGCCUUGGCUACAGGGUGCAGGUGAAGCCCAUGGCAGGGGACUCGGAGCAGGAGGUGAUGCUGACCACCAAGACGCCCAAGGCCACCGUGGGGGGGCUGAGCCCCUCCAAGGGCUACCGCGUGCAGAUCUUUCAGCUCACCGGCUCCGGGCCUGUGCUGCUGGCGCGAAGGGAGUUUGUGAUCGAGGAUCUGAAGAGUAACUCCCCAGGCAGGAGCAGCUGGAGGCCCGCAGGACCAGGCCCGGAGCCCACCCCUUCUCCUCCGGGGGGCCCAGACCUCGAACAGAAUCCCGAGCCGACUCCUCAGCCCGGAGUCACUUUUGCUUCAGACCUGGACCUGCCCACUCCUCAUCCACCCGAGCUGAGUGCAGCGGGGCCCCACUUCCGCUGCACACCCCCUGUUCCCACGGACAUGGUCUUCCUGGUGGACGGGUCCUGGAGCGUCGGCCACAGACACUUUCAGCAGGUCAAAGACUUCCUGGCCAGCGUCAUCGAGCCCUUUGAGAUUGGGCCAGACAAAGUCCAAGUAGGCCUGACGCAGUACAGUGGGGACCCCCGGACGGAGUGGGAGCUCAAUGCCUUCCACACCAGGGAGCAGGUGCUGGCAGCGGUGCGUGGCCUUCGCUACAAGGGAGGAAACACCUUCACAGGCCUCGCCCUAACCCACGUGCUGGGGCAGAACCUGAAGCCGGCGGCAGGUCUCCGACGGGAGGCCGCCCAGGUGGUGAUUCUGGUGACGGACGGCAAGUCGCAGGACCAUGUGCACACGGCUGCCCGCGUCCUCAAGGGCCUGGACAUUGACGUCUUUGCUGUGGGCGUGAAGAAUGCCGACGAGGCUGAACUGAAGCUCCUGGCCUCCUGGCCUCUGGAUAUCACCGUCCACAACGUGCUGGACUUCUCCCAGCUGGCCACGCUGGCUGGCCUGCUCAGCCGCCUCAUCUGCCAGAAGGUCCAGGGCAGGGGCCCAGGCCGGGGCCGAGCCACACCAGCUCCACCUGCUCCAGCCCCGCAUCCCCUCCCGGCCUCCGCCAGCCUGGACGUGACCCGGGUCACUUCCUCCAGCCUCCACCUGUCCUGGACUCCGGCUCCGCAGCCUCUCAAGUAUCUGGUUGUGUGGCGAUCUUCCAGGGGCAGCAUCCCCAGGGAGGCGGUGGUGGAGGGGCCCACCUCAUCCCUGGAGCUUCGCAACCUGACCGCCAGCACACAGUACCGGAUCUCCGUGCUCCCUGUCUACGAAGGUGGGGCCGGCGAGGGCCUGCAGGGCCUGGCCGUCACAGCACCCCUGCCUGUGCCCCAGGCCUUGACCCUGGCUGCAGUGACGUCCAGAACCCUUCACCUCACCUGGCAGCCCUCGGCCGAGGCCACCCAGUACCUGGUGAGGUACUCGCCAGCCUCCUCCACAGGCGAGGAGCAGAGCAAAGAGGUGCGGGUGGGGCAGCCUCAGGUACUGCUGGAUCGCCUGGAGCCAGGCAGGAGCUACGAGGUCUCCGUGCAGAGCCUGCGCGGGCCAGAAGCUAGCGAGGCCCGCAGCCUUCGUGCCACGACCUCCACCCGGGCACCCCCGAGGCACCUGGACUUCUUGAACGUGAGCCACGACUCGGCCCGUGUGGCCUGGGCGGAUGCCCAGAGGCCUGUGCGCCUGGUCAAGGUCAGCUAUGUCUCCAGUGAUGGUGGCCACUCCGGGCAGACGCAGGCCUCUGGGGACGCCACGUCAGCCGCCCUGGGGCCCCUGGCCGCCUCCACCACAUACUUGGUGCGUGUCACCCGCAUCUACCUUGGCGGGGGCUCUGCUACACUGGCCGGCCGCCUGACCACCAGGAGGGCCCCGGGCCCCAGCCGGCUGGCGGUGACGGCGCUGCCGGGGGACGCCGCCAGGCUGUCGUGGGCGGCCACGGGCUCCCCGGGCGUGCUCGCCUACCGGAUCAAGUGGACGCCCUUGGGAGAGGGAAAGGCCCGCGAGCUCUCUGUGGCGGGGACUCUCAGCACUGCCAUCCUGCCGGGCCUGGGCAGGCAUGCAGAGUACGAGAUCACCGUCCUGGCCUGCUUCAGGGACGGGGCCUGCAGCGACCCUGCGUCCAUCCGCUACACGCCCGCAGCCUGCCCGGCCCUGUACCCAGAGGCCCUGCACCCCCACGGCACCCUCCCAGGGUUUGACCUGAUGGUGGCCUUCGGCCUAGUGGCCCGGGAAUACGCCUCCAUCCCGGGCGUGGCCAUGGAGCCCUCGGCCUUGGGCCAGGCCCCGACCUUCACACUCUUCAAGGACGCUCAGCUGACGCAGCGGGUCAGCGACGUCCACCCCGCCGCCCUCCCGCCUGAGCACACCAUCCUCUUCCUCGCACGCUUGCUCCCAGAGACGCCCCGAGAAGCCUUCGCUCUGUGGCAGAUGACCACGGAGGACUUCCAGCCCAUCCUUGGGGUGCUUCUGGACGCUGGCAGGAAGUCGCUGACCUACUUCAACCACGCUGCCAGGGCCACCGUGCGGGAGGCCACCUUCGACCUGCGAGAGGCCAACAAGAUUUUCUUUGGAAGCUUUCACAAGGUGCACGUGGCUGUGGGACCCUCCAGGGUCAGGCUGUACGUGGACUGCCAUGAGGUGGCUGAGAGGCCCAUCCGCCCCCCUGCUUCUGGAAGCCUCCAAACUGCCGCCCUCAUCACGCUGGGGAGGUUGGCCAAGGCCAGGGGCCCCCAGAACAGCUCUGCCACAUUCCAGCUCCAGAUGCUGCAGGUCCUGUGUGGUGACUCCUGGGCGGCCCAUGACAGGUGCUGCGAGCUCCCGGCGGCGAGGGACAGAGAGGUAUGCCCGGCCUCCCCUUCCACCUGUGCCCACUCCUCAGAGACCCCUGGACCCCCAGGGCCCCAAGGUCCUCCGGGCCUCCCUGGGAAGACGGGCACCCCAGGAGAGCAAGGUGUUCCAGGGCCCAAGGGGGAGCCAGGGCCACCCGGACAGAUAGGACCCGAGGGUCCCGGAGGUCAGCAAGGGUCACCAGGGACCCAGGGCCGUGCCAUCCAGGGGCCCAUGGGUCCACCGGGGGUCAAAGGAGAGAAGGGGGACCACGGACUCCCAGGUGUGCAGGGCCACCCUGGCCAGCCAGGCACCCCCGGGAGAACUGGCCCCCAGGGGCCGAAGGGAAUGAGAGGACUGGAGGGACCCACUGGCCUGCCUGGAUCCCCUGGCCCCAGGGGGCCCCAGGGCUUGGCAGGGAGCAGAGGCACGCACGGCGAGCGAGGGCCUCCUGGGGUCGUGGGGCCCACGGGGCUGCCAGGGCCCAAAGGGGAGCGCGGAGAGAAGGGCGAGCCGCAGUCGCUCACCACCAUCUUCCAGCUGGUGAGCCAGGCCUGCGAGUCAGCCAUACAGACGCACGUGCUGAGGCUGAGCUCCUUCCUCCACGAGAAUGCCAGGCCCCCGAUGCCCAUCCUCACGGAGACCGCAGAGCCAGGCAGGCCUGCACCCCUGACAUCCCCCGACUCGAGCGGGGAGGCCCUGCUCCCCCGAGAGAGGGCACGUGGGAACCACCUCGAGGACCCAGGUGAGCCCGCAGCCCUCAGUCAGACGGACAGCCCUGGGCUGCCAGGGAGCCAGCCCCCACCGCCACUUGGAUGAAUGAUGCUCCUGGUGCCACCGCGGGUAGUGCUGUGUCUUCCCCUAUGCUUCAUUCUGGGUUUGACAAACAUGGAGAAUGGGAACCUGGGAAGGAGCUGAAGUACUGGAGAGGGAAGUGGGUUCUUUGUAGUGUCUCCAAGUUCAG